CCCCGCCCGUUGUCGCGACUUCCGGUGGCCGCUCUAGCCGGCGCCGCGUCUAUGCCCGCGGCGCUGGGGAAUGUUUAUUGUCGCGGGGAGUCGGCCCAGGACCCGGAACGCCGCCGGGCGCCAGCGGCGGGGCGCCUAGCAACCGGCACCCCCGCGCCGCCCCGCCCGCCGCUGCCCGCCCGCCCGCACGGAUGUGAUCUUCAUGGUGAGCUGGUGGGAAAUUGAGUUGUAAAUCACCCCAAUGGAUGCGGACAGUGAUGUUGCAUUGGACAUUUUAAUCACAAAUGUAGUGUGUGUUUUUAGAACAAGAUGUCAUUUAAACUUGAGGAAGAUCGCAUUAGAAGGAGCAAAUGUGAUAUACAAGCGUGAUGUUGGGAAAGUAUUAAUGAAGCUUAGGAAACCUAGGAUUACGGCCACAAUUUGGUCCUCAGGAAAAGUUAUUUGCACAGGAGCCACAAGUGAAGAAGAAGCUAAAUUUGGUGCCAGACGAUUAGCUCGUAGUCUACAGAAACUAGGUUUUCAGGUUAUUUUCACAGAUUUUAAAGUUGUGAAUGUUUUAGCAGUGUGUAACAUGCCCUUUGAGAUCAGAUUGCCAGAAUUUACGAAGAAUAACAGACCUCAUGCGAGUUAUGAACCAGAACUUCAUCCUGCCGUGUGUUACAGAAUAAAAACUCUCAGAGCUACCUUACAGAUUUUUUCCACAGGCAGUAUCACAGUUACAGCUCAACUGAGAGAGAACCACCACCUGAAUCACAGGCAUCAGUGAUUUUUCCGAUCUAAUCAGAGAUGUCAUUGUCCUGGGUCUUGGAGACGCCAUGCUAUGUUUUUUCCUCUUUUGCUAAUUUUUAUUUUCCAUUUUUUGUUAUGUUUGCUUGUGAGGUGUCCACCACAGGUUUCCAAAUGCGAGAAGCCAGGUUUUUGAGAGCAUACUUGUUAAAAUGACACAGAACUAAAACCAUCACUUUAUAUCACAUAAGCGGGAAUUGUCUUGCAGUUGUUAGAGCUCAGCUACUGAUUCUGAAGUUGGGUAGGGAUUUUUACUUCCAGAUCUUCCUUAAUUAACAAAUACCUAGGUUUUAUGGGGAACAUUUUUCACAAAAUAUCAGAAGUGUUUUUUAAAGAAGACAAACUCCAUGUUUGGUAAUCUGAAAAUAUAGGGCUAAAAAGGAUUUCAAGAUAACAGUAAAUGUUCUGAACAGAGCAACUGGUCUAGCCAAAACUGGAAACUAAAUUUAAAAUACGUAAGAAGCUUGAGCAUCACUGCAGUAAUAAAAGGCUUUCAGUGUGUCUUGCCAUCCUCCUAACAAGAUUUAGCCUUCCUGUAAGAUUAUUAUUACUCUGUAGAGGGGACAAAAUCACUUUCAUAUUUACAGAAUUGCUCAUUCUAAUAUUAAGGCAAAUAUGGUAAACAUCAAAGUUUUACUUCCUUCUGAUCUACUUGUUAGAGUGAGUUUGAAAUAUCUCAGUUGGGUUUUAAGGCUUCUGUUUUGCCUAGGCCUGCCUUCUAGGGGAAAAAAUGUGCACGGUCUUACCCUUCUUGUUCUAAAAAUGUUUUAAAUUACUUUUCAGCCUUGCUGUACUCCCUCUCAAGUACAUUCAGAUGAGCUUCCUUUUGACCAUUCAUGUUUCUGUAGUCAUAGUAUUUGUCAUGCCACUAACUCUUGAGAUACAUAAUUAGAAAUGCUAUUAAAAAAACCAGGAACGUGGGUUUUUUAAUGGAACAAGUAUAAAAAUAUUUAAGAGUUACAUUAAAAAAAGAAAAGAAAAAGAAAUUAUAUGUAAUAAGAAGUAGUAUUAAUUUUUCCUCUAAAAUGAGUGAUGAGAGGGUUGUUUUGGGAUUUCAUUUUGGUUUGGUGGGGUUUUUUUUCCUUCUGUUACCCUCCCUGCAAUGACGAUCCAGUUUUUACAUGUCUUAAAACCUAGAGAGUAGCUUUUUUUUUUUUUACAAGAACUGUUUGCCUACUCCUGCAGCCACUUUCUGAUGGCUUCCUCUAUAAAUUGCAUUUCUAUAAUAGCAAACAAAUUUAAGGAAGGUGCAGUAUCUGCCCAGAAGGCAGGUAACCAUUCACCAGGCUUGUUUUAGGUGAGUGCUUAACUUGAGAAGUUUGAAAAUACAGAAAGAAUCCUAUUCCAUUCCAUUUUCUUUCUGACUGAGCAUGUAAAUUUAGACAAUAUUUCCAUAAUUACUUAGAUAAGUAAGUUCUGACUUGUUAUUCAUGAUUUUGGGGAACCAUUUUGAACAGUUCUCAAUACUUGGAAGAAACUUUUGAAGUCUAAAACGAGGUUAAAAAACCCUGAGUUCACAAUCAUCAAAGCACAUGAGAAAUUGCUGAUUUCAUUCAUCAGCAUCACCAGACUUCUGUCCAGAAUGGAUUUCUUCUGGCUGUUACUGCUUGCUUAUUUGCAGUUGUAAUUGUUCAUUGCAUUAUGAUCUAGUACUGUUGGAAAGCAUCACUAGCUCAUUUUUCUUCUUUCCCCAAAUGCUCAUAGAUCAUGAUAGUUAAUCUUCAUAUGCUUCAUCCUGAGACAGUAACCAUUUCCUGGCUUGCAGGUUUUGACCUGAGAUCAGUGGUGGGGCUGUUUGCAAAAUCCAGGAAGUAAUAGACCAUAAUUUUCAAAUAUAAACUUGCUUGAAACAUGCGUGGGUUAAAUCCAGUAUUAUGUAGUGGUAGUUUUUGUUGGUAGUUUUUUAAAACAAGAGAUAAAAGUGGCUAGGCUUGGAGUAAUACAAAUUCCUAGAAGACUAGCAUAAGUAAAAUAAUUUCUUUUGCCUUUGCUGCCUUCUCUGGGCUGCUUAAGCCAGUAAAUCAAAAAAGCUAUUACAAAAUUAAAUGACAGUAUUAUUUGUAGUCCAGCCAUUGACCAUUGUAGAACAUCUUGCAGAUUUCAUGUGAGACUCUCUUCUAAGUGAAAGCGGUCAGAGGAACACCACAUUAAAUUGGGAGAAAUGAGGGAGAAAUUAUUGUUGUCUACAGUAUAAGGUUGUGGUAAUUAAAAAUAUCAAGGCUAUUUUACAGAUAUUAUGAUUGUUUUAAUUUCUGAUUCCCUGACUUUUCUCUCCCUACUGCUUUGUUGUUUUUUUUUUAAAUAUGUCUCAGGGCCAAACGUAAAGGCUGUUGCCAGUGCUGUGGAACAGAUUUACCCAUUCGUGUUUGAAAGCAGGAAAUAAAUUUUAUAAAUCACCACUUGAUGGUUAGGUUCCCUAACCAAGCACCUUUAAAGACUGCUGCACAUUGGACUAAAAGCAAAAAGGAAAACUGGACCAACCAUAGCAGGGGAAUACAGACUCUUUUACUUGCUCGUGGCCACAGUAUAAACUCCAGUUCUUUUGGAUUUUACUCUUAACAGUGCUGUAUUGUAAAAACGGAAGUUUACAAGAUAUGAAAUUGCUGCUUUUAAAAAGACAUUCUAUUUAUUUUUGCAGUAAUUUCUGUGUAUUCAUAAGCAAAGCUGUCACGAUGUGCACUACCUUUAAAACAUAAUUAUUUUUUUUUUUUUAGUUUGAGCUUGUGUUUUAUUUGUGAAUAGUCUUUUACAUUUUUGUAUGCUGAAUAUUGGGCACCAAAGAAGCUGUAAAAGUUACCUUUUUCACCUGAUGAAUGUGCACAAAUAAAAGUUUGGAAAAUAUUUCUCUUCAUACCUGUUCUGUUAUAUUCCUUUCCCUUUUUCUAUUACAGUUAAAAUUGUAUAGUUGCAAAUUAAUUUGAAACAAUGUAAGAAUAGUCUUUUGCUGAUACCUUCUGUUUCUAUUUGUAGUACGUGUAAAACAUUGUGCGUGGGUUAGAUUGAAAUCUAUAGUAGUUACGUAUGUUUAUCCGAGGAUGAAAUUUGGUUUGUUCCCUUAAUUACAUGUCAGACUUCAAGUAUUUUCUUGCUGUUACAUGAAGAAAAGACAUUUCUAAAUAUAAAGUUCUACAGCAAGUGUUUUCCUGUAGAUGAUGGGGAAAUCUUAUCAACUAAAGAAGCUACUGUAGAAAUACCAACUGCCUUGUCCAGCGACUGGAUGCAAAAGGAAGAAAGUUACUAUGUGAGCUUCGAUUUUCAGGAAAGUUGUGUUGUGCUUCAACUCAAGAAGAUGGUAUGGUCACGCUAAUCCAGCCCCAGGCUAUUGCUGAAUGAUUAACACAGACCUUUUCUACACUCUUCUUACUGUAUAACAUUUUCAUGACAGGAGCUGCCAACAAGCAAUGAAGCUUGAUUCUGGCAUGUAUUGUUAUUGGUGUUAAUCUUGGACUUGGAAGCCAGUAGAUGUUUCUCUCAAUAAGUGCACAUUUGAAGCAGAAGAGAGGUGAAUGCUUAAAAGUAACUGCAAAUGCUACUUUUUAAAAAGACACAAUAAAUAUGUAUAAAUGUA